AAAGUUUGUGCUAUCCCAGUCUCCCUACUCUGCCUAAUACCCAGUCUUCUAUAGCCUACCUAGCCUAUAAGUAUUUAAUAAAAAAAAAAAAAAAAAAGUCCUGUUAAUUGAAGUGAUAGCGGCUUGUCAAGUAUUCGUAUGGUGGAGUGGGCGUUGCUCAACUACAUAACCUAACGUAUGGUGCCAUAGGUCUUGGACGAUGGCCGGUGUUCGGCAUGCUUCGAGACUCUAUUCCUUGUUGCUUAAGCAAAACUUGCAGACGAACUCCAAAGGUAACUUUCACGUUUCUGCAGCUGAUCCGCCAACCCAGUUCCUUGAGAUCAAAGAUGAAGAGGCAGGGUUGACUCGUGAGAUUGCCUACGCCAAAUCUCCAGGUCCCAGGACACCUGGUAUCAUAUACAUUCCAGGAUUCAUGUCAGACAAAAGUGGCAUUAAAGCUGUAAGCCUUUACAAGUUUUGUCAGGAAAAUGGCUUUCCAUAUGUGAGAUAUGAUCCUUCUGGUUUAGGUGAAAGUAAAGGUGUGAAAAUAACGCAGGUUACGUUUAGUCACUGGGUUCGAGAUGCCAGAGAAAUUCUGCUCAGAGUUACCGAAGGACCGCAGCUCGUUGUAUGUUCAUCAAUGGGUGGCUGGAUAACAAGCAUUAUUGCACAGGAACACCCUGCGAAGUUUAAUAGCAUCCUGAUGAUUGCCCCAGGCAUAAACUUCCACAUCAGAUAUGAGAAAGAACUGCGCAGUCAGUUAGAUGAAAAAGGCCUGAAGAAAUAUGAAGCGGGCGGCGUAGUGCCUCUUUAUAAUCCAGAUUAUGGGUCAUUCCCUUUGAUGAAGGCACAGUUUGACGACAUGAGAAAAUGUGCACUGUCACUAGAAGCAAAUUCUCUGGAUGUAACUUGUCCUGUUAGGAUAAUUCAUGGCUUAAAGGAUAAGGAUGUGCCCUUCAUGGAAUCACUCACUUUGUUGAAAGCACUGAAGGGCCCGGAUUCCCACUUACAGUACCUUAAGGAUGGUGACCACCGCCUGGCAAGCGAAGAAAAGAUCAAGCUAAUCUGUGACAAGAUUCUGGAAAUGACAUCACCCAAGUAAACAGUUGGUUCAGAGCUUUGAAUAAGUAAAUGCUUCACUGUAUUGGCUGAAGUAGGGGAAAGUUUAUGUUGAUUUUAUGUCAUGUGCCCAUUAACACGAAAACUUUCAUUCAUAUGUCAUGAGCCCUUUCAUGUGUUGAAUUAAACACUAAUGACUUUGUAUUGAUAUCUUCAUCUAAUGUGCUUGUAAAUACUAUCAAAUACUUUAUAUUUUGAAUCAAAGUAAAAGGUUAAUGCUAAA